AUGUUUGUGGCAAACAAAGAUUUGAUUGGAUUCUGUUUUUAUGCAUUGAGUUGGCACAAUUCCUCGCAGAUAAACCCAUUCUCUAUGCAUAAUUGCAGUUCAUCGGUAGAAAAUGCUGAACAAAAUGGCAAAAGUAAUUCUCAGCCACCUAGCAUAUUACGUAAAUCAAGCAGUGCAUCAGAUUGUUCAAAUCUUUUAUCUGCAAUAAACCAGGUGACAUUGGAUUUAGCUCAGUCAACUCCUGCUAUAUAUCAAGUUGAAAAAAGUUAG